AUCGACAACACAAAAACCCAUGAUCGACCUCGGGAAUUAUGAUCAACAGUCCAGCCAAAAUAUUUCGGCCGAUGACGUAAAAAAGCAUGACUCGUCGGCCGACCAAGGCAACGACUGAUUGAUGACGUGUCAAUUUUAUCCUUAGCGGCUGAUUUUGAUAAGGUCCAGUGUUUGUCCGCGCCUGAUUUUCAAUCAACAUUGACCCCCAUCCAUCCUAUUGACUUUCAAUCUUGAUUUCAUCCACAACACCGGCAUCAUGUCAACUCAGCCUCUGUCUGCCAUGCUGUCUGGCUUGUAUCUUGGUCCUUCAGACUCACCUACGCCAGAUCCUGGCUCUCGAUCCAUCUUCUUGGCGAGUAAAUCAGCGGCGACAACAACGUUGUCAGCUACUACGUCGUCUGCUUCGACCGCUGUCAACCCGGGCACCGGAAAUCGGCUACCACCUGUCAUGAAAAAGUACAUGAAUCCGAACCUUGUGCGACCCCCUAACACCGCUGUGAGCCAACACAGCUCUUCAUUCUCAGCCAAUCCGGCGUCUAUAACGUCAGGGAUCAACAAGGAGGCCAUUCGCGGUCCGCUGUUAAAACUGGCGGGUGUCAAUGUGCCUUCGCCGUCACGAGUUCCUUCAGGCGGUAAAAUGCCGCCAAAGACACAUACAGCACACGGUAUCCAUGGUCCAGCUCACUCCACGAGCAAGAGACUGUCCAGUGUCGGAGGUGCUACCGGUCAACACACUUCCUCAGCCGGUACAACUGGAGGUGCCAAAAAAAUUGAACUUGGCAAGUACGAUGGGGGACUAGAGGCGGAUGAAGGAGAGGACGUCGGCAUACCGGCUGAUGCGGGCAGGAUGUUGGAGCUGGAUAGCUCGUCAUCUGGGACCAUUCCCUUAUCACUGACUGCGUUCACCAUCGGUAGACCAUUGGGUAAAGGAAAAUUCGGCAGGGUCUACCUCGCACGUACCAAGGCAGCUCCACACUUCAUCGUAGCCCUGAAAUGUCUUCACAAGUCGGAGAUCGUCAACGGCAAAGUCGAAAAGCAAGUGAGGAGAGAGAUCGAGAUCCAACAGAAUCUCCGGCAUCCGAACAUUCUCCGUCUCUAUGGCUACUUCCACGACUCCAAGAGGAUCUUCCUCAUCCUGGAGUUUGCGGUCAAAGGCGAGCUGUACAAACAGCUGUCAAAAUACGGAAAAUUUGAGGAGAAGCGGGCUAGCAGAUACAUCGCUCAGAUGGCAGACGCCCUAUCUUAUCUUCACAAAAAGCAUGUCAUUCAUAGGGAUAUCAAGCCAGAGAAUCUCCUCAUUGGGCUAAAGGGAGAGUUGAAGAUAGCAGAUUUCGGAUGGAGUGUUCAUGCGCCUAGUAAUCGGCGACAAACUUUGUGCGGAACUUUAGACUAUCUUCCGCCUGAGAUGAUUGAAGGCAAAGAGCAUAAUGCGAAGGUGGACCUCUGGGCUAUCGGUGUUCUGGCGUACGAGUUCAUUUGUGGAGGGCCACCCUUUGAGGAUCUCUCCGGAAACUCUGCUACGUACAAGCGGAUCUGCAAGGUCGAUCUUAAGAUCCCGGACCACGUUUCCCCCGAAGCGGCCGACUUGAUCCGAAAGCUGCUGCGUUACAACCCUGAGGAGAGACUGCCGCUUGCUGACGUCCUGGCGCAUCCAUGGAUCAAGAAGUACGAGAAGAAGAGUUCGACGGGUGGAUCUGGCGCUGCACGGGAUUCGUAAAUCUAUUAUUCAUUUCAGAGGUCUUCUGCAUCAUCGGUUAUUCUGUGCAUGGUCUUUGCCGAGCGCCUAACGAGGCGCGCUCAGU